AUGGGCUCCGGCCGCUGCCGCUCGCUCCUGCCCGCGCUGCUGCUGCUGCUGCUGGUGCUGGUGCUGCUGGUGCUGCCCUCGGCGUGGGGUGCCUGUGGGCCCUUGCCCAAUAUCAGCCACGCAGAGCCCACAGAGGACAUGAAAGACAAGCAGAGCUUCAGUGAGGGCUCCACGGUGAGAUAUGUCUGUGCCACAGGUUACACCAAACGCCCCUUCCUCUCCGACACCGUCCAGUGCCUCACAAACUCCCAGUGGUCCCACCUCCCGGAGUUCUGUGGCCAAUACCACGGUGAAGUACAUUUGUCGCCAGGCUUUGAGAAUACCACAGACCAGCUCCCCACCAGCACCUGUCUGGACAACUUAAAGUGGUCAGAAGUCCCUGAGCUGUGCAGGAGGAAAUCUUGUGGUAUUCCAGCCAGUCCAGAACAUGGUAAAGUUAUUACAGAUGAUCAUCUGCUCGGUGCAAAAGCCACUGUGGUCUGUGACCGUGGGUACGUCCUAGAGGGAGGGUCACCUUCCAUCUUUUGUACCCUACGGGGAAAUGAAGUUGUCUGGAGUCAACUUCCAGCUUGUCAGGCUGUUUCUUGUCCUCCUCCUCCAGCCAUUCCCCACGGGCAGCACGAUGGCAACAGCACAGAGAAGUUCCUGUAUGACUCAGUCGCCACCUACACGUGUGACCCCGGGCUGGAGCUGGUGGGGAACAAAUCCCUCCGUUGCACAACAGAGAACGGGGUCCUUGGAGUCUGGAAUGGGGCUGCUCCCGAGUGCAGGGUUAGCACUGCAGCAGAGACAAACCAAACUGAAUCCUCCAAAGGGAAUCCUUACUGGCUGGCAAGUAUCCUCAUCCCUAGUUGCAUUGUUCCCCCAGUAGCCCUUGGAAUCCUAGCUGGGAUCAUCAUGAGGCGGAAAGACAGUGAAAAACACUCUUAUAACAUGAAUUUACAAAAGCACAAGGUAAGGGAAGGAUGCACCGAUGUGCCCGAAGAAGCAGCCCGUGCCAUGGAAUUCCUAUUUUUGCCACACAACGAGUUGCCACGUGUGUCCCACCUGCAGGAAGCAGCUGCACGAUGCCCUGGCCCCUCUCACGGUGCCCACGCGCCGCGGCUGCGCCGCCUGCGAGCACUGGCUGAGCACCAGCAAACCACGCACCUACUCGGUCCCCAGCAUUGCUCUCCUGCCAAAGCUGUGGAUGUGCAGAGGGGUCACGGUGCAGGAGAAGCUGGUCCAGAGUGGAGCGAGGUAGAGCAGCCCGUGGACCACAAAAGCCCGCGGGGCCCCGUCUGCUCUCCCUGCACGGACCAGCUGCACCUCUCCCUUGUCCACAGCGAUGAGUGGAGCAGCCCUGUGGUGUGUCCCCUGGCUGCAGAGGGGACCCCAGCCCACCUCGUGCCUCAGCACACCCCCAGCUGCCACCUGUGCCCCGUCUGUGCCGUGCCAACCCACACACACUUGUGCCAGCCCCAGCACCAGGCACCCGACGGGGACUGCCCGCAGGCGCCGACUUUCGUCUUUGCGGAGCUCACCACGACCCCCCAGGAAUCCUACUCCGUGGGGACCGAGCUGAGGUACCGCUGCCGCCCGGGGUACGUGAGGAACGGGAACCAGGCCCCCGUGGUCACCUGCCUCCCCAACUCCACCUGGUCGGAGCAGCCCGACUUCUGCAUCGGGAAGUCGUGUGGGCAACCGGACAUCCCGAAUGGCAGAUUUUACACCAGCACCAAUCUGCUGGUUGGGGCGACCAUAACCUUCACCUGUAACAUUGGGUACCGACUAGUUGGGCCACCAACUGCACAGUGUGUAUUUAAAAAUGGUGAAGUUUACUGGAAUAACAUUCCAAUCUGUGAGAUUAUUGCCUGUCCACCACCUCCUGAAAUCAAGAAUGGGCAGCUCCUUGGUGGGGAAGGAGAAUUCACCUUUGGCAUGGCUGCAAGUUACAGCUGUAACAAUGGUUUUUCUCUUAUUGGAGAUGGCACAAUUUACUGUACAAUAGGUCCUAACUACAAGGGAACCUGGAAUGGUCCAGCCCCUGAAUGCAAAAUGGUCAGCUGUGAAAAUCCAGACGUGGAAAAUGGGAAAGGUUGUCUGGCUUUGGCUUUGAGCACACAUAUAGAGAUACAGUGAGCUUUGAGUGCAAUCCUGGUUAUAAAAUGAACGGUAGUAGUGUAGCUACCUGUGAAGCAAACAGUUCCUGGACACCACCUCUGCCAACAUGUGACCAAAGUGAGUAGAAACAA